AAUCUGUUCAUCUGAAUGCACAUAAGAAUCUAGAUCAGCACGAUGGGCGUCCCCCAGGGCCCCCUUCCUUCCAACCAGCCUUCCACCUUCGGAAACCUUCACCUCAUCUGUGGAGAUGGAGAGACUCCAGCUGACCUUGGAACGCUUGUCUCUGCGGCUGAUUUGCAGGCUGCUUUGGACCGCAUAAAAAUCCGCUCUAAGGAAUUGAAAGAGCAAGUUUACUUGACGCUGACAAACCAUCACAAGGACUUGCUGCGGCUGGCGAGCACAGCCGAGCGGAGUAGUAAUCAUGUUGACGACAUCGGGCGGGACUUUGCCUCUGCUCUUACAGUGCUUGGAAGUGAGGAUAAUGAGGAUGGUUUGGGCGCUGACAUAAUCGCCUCUGCCGCCGAACACCGCGAGCUUCAAAUUGAGAUUGCAGCAAAACAACGAGCUCUAGAGGCAGUCUCGCUCGUCGCCUCUCUAAAUCAAGGCCUGCAGUCACUUGACAAGCAGAUCAGGCAGGGGCAUCUCCCUCAGGCAGCCAAGUGGAUUCUCUCCCUAGAGCAGCGCAUCACUGGCUUGCCUGACAAGCAGUCCCAGGGUCCCCUCGUUUUCGGUCUCCUUAGGGAAGAAGUAGCGGCUAGGAGGAGUCGGGUGGAAGCAGACUUGGACGAAGAGUUCGAGGGGGCGGUUGUUGUGGAUUUGGGCCGAGGGGAAGUGCGCGCAGAGAAUGUGCCUGACGGAGGGGGCAAAAAGGGGUUGGAAACUUCGUGGGAGGCGCUCGACACCCUAGACUUGCUAGAUAGAAAGCUAGAGAAGCUGGCGGCACAACUUUCAGAGGGGCCAGUGGCCUUAAGCUUGAAGAAGGUUGAUCUUCAAGUCUUGACCACGGAUGAAGAAGAGGAGUUUGCAAAGCUGCGGUUUGCAGGUGUCAGCAGCGAGGGCGGUCCAGCAACGCUUGUGGAAACAUACUCGUCAUUGGUCACGGUCGUCCAGUUCAUCCACCGGCACGUCAUGCAUGGGGAUCGAAGCAAGACCCUCCGAUUGGGACAGAUUCUGUGGCCGAAAAUCGCCAAGACGCUAAUCAACGGCCCGCUGACGUCAGCGGUCCCAAGCGAGGCCAGCAGACUGCCGGAGUUUGAGCCGCUUGCCAAGGCCUCAGCGGAGUUUGAGAAGGCUCUGGAAGCGGAAGGGCUCAUUUCGAAACUAGAGAAGGGGCACGAGCUCAGCGCGUUCGCCGCCGACAUCGAUGUGCACUUUGCUACAAAGAAGAGGACGAGCCUGCUGGCCAGGGCGCGGGGUUUGGUCACACUGCCAGACUUGUGCUUGAAUACCGUCACAGUCGGUUCAGGGAUCGACAGAAAGCCUCCAGGGAUCGAACCUCUUCCGGAAGUUGCUGACAAAACCGAGCCCAGGGGCAAAAAGGCGAGACCGUUGGGACGGAAAGGGGGGGUCGGAACUCUGGUGAAAGAGGGGGGGCAUGCUGAUGCCAGUCGAGGAGAGCCGUCAGGUGACAUGCCAGGGACUUCUGGAAGGCAAGGGGGAGGUGGGGAGGAAGCAGACGAGCAGGGGCCGUUCUUUUACCUGCCGACUUGUCAGGUCUCCACCGCAGUCCAGCAGCUCGCCGAGCUCGCGCACGAGGCCCUUCGGGAGGCCACGCAAUCCUCCGCCCGAACCGCUCUGCAACUGCACCGCACUGCUCGAGACGUCCUCCAGUUGUAUCGGGCAAUCGUUCCCGUGCAACGACAGCAUCAGCUGGAAAGCGUUCCGCAACUGGCCAUGGUGUUCCACAAUGACUGCCUGUACAUAGCGCACCAUGCACUGAUGCUCGGAAUCCAGUACAAGAACGCCCUGCCCCCCUCCCUGCGGGAUCUAUCCACCCUCGCGGACCUCGCCCCCGCCUUCGAGCAACUCGCUGACGUCACCCGGUCCGGCCAAGUACGUCAGCAGCGGGACGAGCUGAUGCGGGCGCUGGACGAGGGCAAGGGCUUCCGGUUCACGGACGAGGAGGUCAACUUCAAGGGGGCCGAGCGAGCAAUCAAGAAGGUGCUGCAUGUUCUGGGACACUUGGCGACCAUCUGGCGCCCCGUCCUCAGCCGCGGCAUCUUCCACGACAUGAUGACGUCACUGGCGGAGGCGUGCGUGGCACGUGUCGCCUCGGAGGUGCUCCAGCUGGACGAUAUCGCCGUCGAGGAGACCACCCAGUUGCGCCACCUCCUUCGGACGCUCCUGGAGGGCCUUCCGGACGUCCUCACGAGUCCGCCUGCUGGUUCCGGAGCGGAAACGAUUGGAAGAGCGGAAACGGCGUCACGGCUUGUGCCAACGGGGCCAAAGCUGCUGCGGCUGAUCGAUUUCCUGGACAUGUCGUUGCGGGACAUCAACGCAGCGUGGGAGUCCGGCAACUUGCCGGCGUGCGGCUUUCGUGCACCGGAGGUGCAACGUCUGAUACGAGCCAUCUUCUCAGACACGCCGCUGCAAAGAGAAGUUCUUGCCCGAAUGGAUGCAAGCAAACAAUCUGACCACUAACGCUCGCUGAUGUACAGUCGUCUUUGGUGACUCGCAUGUUUUGAGUACAAGGUACGGAUAUCAAUCUUUGGUUCCUCUAGUAUCAGCUUGCGAAACUUGUUAUUUCCGUUCGACAGGAAGAGGAAACAUGCAUGCAUUAUUAUGUUGUGAUGCCACGUCACGGUGUGGCUCAGUUCUUGCGACCACCACUCGUCGCGUUGGCAACAGACAGGAAAGUCCAAUCAUGCAGCGUAUGCUCAUGACCGACUAUAAGCCCCGAUCUCGAUUGACUGGCAUAGGAGUCCUACAUAGGUCUGUCCUUCGAUUCUGACCUGAUCCGCCGACUUUUCGUUUAACUCUGCGCAUUGACUGCUUCUUAGAAUAAUGAGUCUGGC